AUGUUCACUCCUUCUAUCGUCGCUCUCUUGAUUCUCCUGCUUGAGCCAGCCUCAGCCGGUCCUCUCUCCCGGACACCUCGUCCACUCCAACUCCGCGGUCCCCCCAGGUCGUUUUCCCAUCUCCGUGCUGAUGGGAUCUUUGAUUAUGACUGGGCGCAUUCUCAGUCCCAGCUAGUGAGGGCGAAGUAUCAACACACUGCAGCCAUAGCAAGCAAGGCUGCUGUACUGCCCAACACGCUCACAGUAAAUCGUCGAGCCUCAGUAUCAGUUCCGCUGGUCGAUUACAUACAGUCCGGGCUUGAUUUGGAGUAUUAUGGUACCUUGAACCUCGGCACCCCUUUUCAGCAAGUUACGGUGGACUUCGACACCGGAAGCUCAGAUCUUUGGGUACCGACUCUAUGCGUAGACAGCACGACGGACGUUCUCAAACCAGCAUUCAACUCUUCCAAGUCCAGUAGCUAUGAACAAACGAUCGAGCCCUUCCAGAUUGCAUAUGGCAGUGGAGAGGUGGUUGGUACCAUCGCUAGCGACACCGCUAUGUUGUCCGGCUUUCGGGUAAAAUCCCAAUAUUUUGGUGCCGUCAAUGUUAUGUCUCCACAAUUUUUGAACGACCCCGCCAGUGGGAUUCUGGGGUUAGCAUUCCCUCAAAUUGCACAAACCAAGCAACCACCAUUCAUGCAACAGCUCUAUAACGCUGGUGUUCUGGACGAACCGCUAUUCGCAUUUUUCUUGAGUCGUCAAGAGCAAGGUGCAGUGUUGAGCAUCGGCAACACCGAUUCGACCCACUAUACUGGCGGCAUCACCUAUACACCUGUUACCACCCAGACAUAUUGGGAAGUUCAAUCCACAGGCUCCGUCGUAAACGGGAAGGCUGUCCAACCUAGCUUCAAGGCCGCCAUAGACACGGGCACGACGCUCAUCUACCUUCCCAGCGCAGCUACUGCUGCCCUUUACAAGGCUAUUCCCGGAUCACGCGAGGAUUCUCAACAAGGGACGGGUAUGUAUGCGUACCCGUGCAACUCGAACCCGACUGUGGCAUUCACUUUCGCCGGCUCUUCGAAUGAAUAUACAAUCGAUCUCCGCGACUUCAACCUUGGGCCCUCGGAGGAACAGGGCAUGUGUGUCGGGGGUGUCAUCGCUAUGGAUAUGAAAGAUACUAACGGAGAGCCGUUGGCAAUCAUUGGGGAUGAGUUCUUGAAGAGCUGGUACAGCGUUUAUAACUUUGAUGGACCAAAGGUAGGAUUUGCGAAAGCCAGAUAGAUGAUAGGGUCUCAUACAAGGAAGCAUUGUAACCACGUUCUUUUGCUACAAUAAAUACAAGUCUCACUUUACAGCG